GCCCAGCGAGGAGCAGCCAGAAGGAAAGGCAGCGCCCGCCGGAGAGCGAAGGGGGAAAGAUCGCGCGCCUUGCCCGGCCUCUGCCGCCGCCGCCGCCGCUGCACGCCCCUUCCCGCCACCCAGCCCAGCCAUGGCCGAAGCUUUCGCGGGCACCUGGAACCUGAUCGACAGCAGCAAUUUCGACGACUACAUGAAGGGCAUCGGUGUGGGCUUUGCCACAAGGCAGAUAGCAAACAUGACCAAGCCCUCCACCAUUAUUGAAGUUGAUGGGAUCAAGAUAUGUCUCAAGACUCAGAGCACUUUCAAGAGCACAGAGAUCAACUUUAAGCUGGGAGAAGAAUUUGAUGAGACAACUGCGGAUGACAGGCACGUCAAGUCCAUUGUGACAUUAGAAGGCGGAAAACUCAUUCAUGUGCAGAAAUGGGAUGGAAAGGAGACAACGUUAGUCCGGGAACUGAAGGAUGGAAAACUAAUUUUGACUCUGACCAUCGGUGACAUCGUCUGCACUCGUACUUACCAGAAAGCACAGUAACGGCUUCUACCUGCUUUCGACCACCAGUCAUUCAAUGCCAACCUCAUUGCCAAAUUGCCUGCGGUUUUUUUAAUCCAGUGUUUUGUAUAGUUAUUGGACUUUUGAACCCAUUUGGUAUUUGACUCUCCUCACAAUUACCUAUCAAACCAAUCUCUUGAGUUUUUCUUGAUUUU